AUGUCUAAUUUGGCCGACUCUUCACAACUCUCAAAGUUUCGAAUGCCACCCGAGGACAAGGCAUUGUACGAGCGUAUCGCAACGUUGGAAGAUCCUACAUCCGUCACACGAGCUGAGAAGAAUCAGUUAUUAGGUGUCCCACCGCCCGAUGAAGAAGAUAGAAUUUGCAAGGAAAAAACCGGCCUUACCAUGGCGGAGCUUGAAAAUAAAGUAAUGACAAGCUCGGACACCCUCUCCGAGGAAGAGGUCAACAUCAUACUAUUUGGUGUCAUGUGGGAGCCAGGUAAACAAAGCGUUAACUGCAAAAGAAAUUUGCUGUGGUCUAUGAACCUUGUGGACGAAGAGCAACAACUUGUCGCAAAAGUACGGGAUUUCCUGGCUAAUGAUUACGAUAAUGAGAUUCAUCGUCUGGUUUACAACCGCAACAGGGCUUUAGAUGCGGUCAUAAAACAACGGCGCGAGCAGCAGCGUGCUGCCAUGACCGCGCGACACGUAGCUUCUCGGCCAAGAUGGGUGCAAGAGUUGAUUACCGCAAAGCUACCUCAGUGGGGGUUUGUUGUUUUUCGGACCGAUUAUAGUGAGGAAACAGAUGAAAAAUGGCGUGUCUUUAAGGGAAUCUACACUAUGACUGGAAACACCGUGCUGAAAGAUUCUUGGAAGAGAGCAAGUCCCCUGAUUGUGACAAGUCAAUCGAUUUUUGUUUCUGAUCCGGUGAUGGACGGAGCUGAUACUGAUGCUUUGCGGCACAGAUUCAAAACGAUGAGAGAGCGUCAAGAGAUUCCUAAUGGGAUAGCAAUGGAUUGCUUUUUGGUGGUGGAUGAGGCAGUUCUUAAUCACAAUUUCAUAUCUUCGAAGACACUAUACAAGCCGAAACCCCUUGGAGAUCGGAAUCCCUGGGAGUUUGCAUUGUAUUUACGAGCUGUAGAUCCCGAUCAUAAUAACCCAGCAACGAUCACACCACAAGCAGAUACAUCCGACUUCACAGGAGAAAUUACCAUUCCGCUUCCCAAGGUAUUCGACUGGUUGUAUUAUUGCUUUAUGUCUAAGAGUGAAGAUUGGGAAACGCGAUAUUUGACUAUCAAAGGAGGCCCUGCUGAGUUGGUGGGCCCUGAGACGCCAUAUCCAGCCUAUCGAUCGGGCACGGAACAGCUAUUGAAAUAA